CAGAGGAGAGAAUUUAACAAGAAACAACGACCAACAACAAGAGAGAAAACAACGAGUGGAGGAAAUGAAUCCAAAAUAAAGAAAACAGAGCAAACUACUAAAAGAAAUGAAACUAAAACAGACGGGAAAAGAGGAGAAGAUGUGAUGAGAAGGAAAAAGAAGAAAAUUCAGAACAAAAUGUCAGACAGCAGAAAAGAAAAAGAAAAGGAAGAAGAGGAGGAAGAAGAGGAGGAAGGGAACUGUGAGCCACUCCCUCCUCCUCCUUCCUCCGUUGCCGUGGAGACGAUGAUGACACUGAGGAGGCAGGACCUGGUGUGUAUUGUGUGCUUCGGCAGCUACGACGUGGCGACGCGGUUGCCGCGACGACUUCACUGUGGCCACGCCUUCUGCCAGGCCUGCCUGAAGAGACUGGACACGGUCAUCAACGAACAGGUGUGGAUCCCAUGUCCUCAGUGCCGACAGAACACGCCUCGGCCCAGAGGGGGGGCGGCGGGGCUGGACCUGGACUUGGCCUCCUUCCUGGGAGUGAAGGCCCAGCAGACCUGCGCCUCCUCCCGGGGCUCCGCCCGCGGCGGGGGGGGCGGCGCCGCGGCUCCGGACAGGAAGUCGUGGUUGGGGAAGGAGGUGGCGGACGACGGCUGGUCGCACGGCGGUCUGGCCGAGCCGCGCUUCCAUCGCUAUGGAAACUGCUGCCCGCCCCCCUCCUAUUGGCUGUGCUGCUUGUUCUGCUGUCCGGGGCGGGGCUAAAACUGACCAAUGAGCGGCUGACUUUAACACAUUUAUGAAAGCUAUUUAUUUAAAUAAGUGUUAUUGAACUUCUAUAAGAUUUAUAUUAUUGUACAAUUAUCAAUAAAAAAGACACAAUAAAGCAAAAGUACUUCAAUACUAAUUUAUAAUAUAAACU